CGAGCGUCCGCGCUCUGUUUUUAAUCAGUCGAAGUCUUUGAAUGUCUUCCCUCCUCUGCAAAAAUGGCGUCCAGAACGAUACCCUCAUCUCCAUACUCGCCAGAUGCAGCUCAUUGCCACAGCUCAAGCAGAUUCACGCUUUGGUCAUCACUCUACGCCUCCCUCAGGUCGAUACAUUCGUCUCCAGAAUCGAGUCUUUCUCUGAACCCUCCAAUUCGAAUUGCCUGGACUACUGCUACCGGGUUCUCUCAAACCUCCCGAAUCCCGCUCCGACCUUCGCUUGGAAUGAAGUCAUACGAAGGUACUCCGGAACCAGAUUCCCAAACAGAGCACUCUCCGCUUUUGUCCAAAUGUUGCGAACCGGGGUUUCCCCUGGCCAUCUCACGUAUCCUUUUCUAUUCAAGGCCUCGUCCCGCCUCUUCGAUCUGAAACUCGGCCUCUCAGUCCAUGCCCGAACUACGAAGGAAGGGUUCAAUUCGGAUAGAUAUAUCGCGAACUCCAUGCUCCAUAUGUACGCAUCGUGUAAGGAUAUAGCUCAUGCACGAAUGGUGUUCGACGAAAUUCCUGUGAAGAACCUGAUCUCGUGGAACUCAAUGGUGGAUGGGUAUGCGAAAUGUGGUAACAUGGAAUUGGCGCGUCAGGUGUUUGAUUCAAUGCCUGACAGAGAUGUCGUCUCGUGGAGCUCCUUGAUCGAUGGCUAUGUUAAAGCAGGGGGAUACAAGGAAGCAUUGGUAAUGUUUAACAAGAUGCAAGGGGCUGCCAAUACCGAGGCCAAUGAGGUUUUCAGCUUCCUAUCAGUAACCAUGGUGAGCGUUCUUAGUGCAUGUGCCCACUCGGGCGAGCUCGAGAAAGGCAGGGCGAUGCAUGACUACAUUACCCGCAACUCCUUGCCCAAGACUCUGGUCCUGCAAACUUCACUCGUCGACAUGUAUGCUAAAUGCGGAGCGAUUGAUGAAGCUUUGAAGGUCUUCCGUGAGUUCUCUGUCCUGAAAACCGACGUCUUGAUGUGGAACGCCAUAAUUGGUGGACUUUCCACACAUGGUUUGCUAGAAGAAGCUCUACAUUUGUUCUCCGAGAUGCAAACAACCGGGAUUAAACCAGAUGAGAUCACGUAUCUAUGCUUGUUGAGCGCUUGUGCGCAUGGAGGGUUGGUGAAAGAGGCAUGGUUCUUCUUCGAUUGCCUUGAGAAGCAUGGCAUGGCGGCCAAGAGCGAGCACUAUGCUUGCUUGGUGGAUAUGAUGGCUCGAGCCGGUCAGGUGGCAGAAGCGUACGAGUUCGUGAGCAGAAUGCCUGUCGAGCCAACUCCUUCUAUGUUGGGCGCUCUCUUCAAUGGGUGCUUGAACCACAAAAGGCUCGAUCUUGCGGAGAUAGUUGGGAGGAAGCUGAUAGAGAUGCAGCCUGAUAACGACGGGAGGUAUGUCGGAUUGGCAAAUGUUUAUGCUGAGGUGAAAAGGUGGGAUGAAUGUAGGAACACGAGAGGAGAGAUGGAGAGGAAAGGGGUGAAGAAAACUCGUGGGUAUAGUAUUGUGGUUUAG